GCGCACAACGUCGCGCUCCAUUACAGCGGCAGGGAGAAUCAGAGCGUCGGGCAGCGCCAGCAGUCCCCGAUCUACCACCUGCGAUGCCUCAACAACUGGGUCAAGUCCAUGCUCAUCAACGCCUACGUCCGCGAGAAAGAUCGCGUCCUGGACUUCGCGUGCGGCAAGGGCGGCGACCUCACCAAGUACCGCAAGGCGAGGGUCGGAACGUACACCGGCGUGGACAUCGCGCUCGAGUCCGUCAGGAGGGACGCGGUGGGACGGUACAACGGCGGUAACUACCCGUUCCCCGCCAAGUUCAUCGCGGGCGACGCCUUCACCGCCGACCUCACCCAACACCUCCCGGUGAAAUCGUACGACGUCGUGUCCUCCCAGUUCGCCAUACACUACUCGUGGAGCACGGAAACGCGCGCGAGACGGGCGUUACGGAACGUGAGCCAGAUGCUCCGCCCCGGCGGACACUUCAUCGGCACCACGGUGGACUCCAACGUGCUCGUUCGCAAGCUCCGAGCGACGGACGGGAUGACGUUCGGCAACUCCAUCGUCGAGGUGACAUUCGACGACAGGUUCAAGCGCAAGACGUUCGACGCGGAAAACGGGCCGUUCGGGCUGCAGUACGCAUUCACGCUCCAAGACGCGGUGACGGCGUGUCACGAGUGGAUGGUCCCGAAACGCGCGUUCGUGGAUCUCGCGGAGGAGUACGGCUUGGAGCUGGUCGAAUGGCGAAAUUUGCACGAUUUCGUUCACGACAAGCUCGGCGCAGGCGCGAGCUCGGAGUCGAACGACGCCAACACGUUGAGCGAGGACGAGUGGGAGGCGGCGCAUCUUUACGCGGCUUUCGCGUUUAGAAAGGCGGGCGCGGCGACGGCGGCG